AAUUGGGAAAGAAGACUGCAAACUAUUGGGCAUGCUCCCAAGGAAACAACCAUUUUAAAAUGUGUACUCUGAAACAGUGAAGAGAGGCAUACCACAGAUUGUGCAACGAACUGAAGUAACUGGACACGUUCACACUUGUUGUGGGAGAUGGGAUGGUGAGUGAGAACAAGGAGUAUUCCCAGCAGGAAGAUGCUGAGCGAGUAGAACCACGAGGGACAUUAGCAGGAAGAUCCAAAGGGAAAGUUUCUUGGAGUUGUGCAGAGACAAAAGCCUGUGAGAGUCAGCAUAGGCCAGAGAAAAGCUUCCGUAGUGGCUCAGACCUUAUUCGACAUGAAAGAAUGAACACGAGAGAGAGACCUUACCAAUGCCUGGAGUGCGGGAAAAGCUUCAGAUUGAGCACACACCUUAUCGCACAUCAGAUAAUCCACACAGGGGAACGACCCUACACGUGCUCUGAGUGCAGGAAAAGCUUCAGUCGGCGCUCGGACCUGAUCAAACAUCAGAGAGUCCACACAGGAGAGCGACCCUACAAGUGUUCCGAGUGUGGGAAAAGCUUCAGCCAGAGCUCGACUCUCAGCAAACAUCAGAGAAUCCACAUGCGAGAGAGAUCCUUCACAUGCCCCUGAGCGCGGGGAAAAGUUUUAGACAGGACUCGGCUUUUAUCAGACAUAAGAGAACCCAUACAGUAAUGCCGUAAAUGUCUUGACUAGGGCUGGACAAAGAUUUUUUUGUAAAAUACAUUAGCUAAUUCCCACAUCA